AUGGAAAUAGAUAUGGCAGAUAAAACAAAUAAAUUUAAAACAGAUAUAGAAAGAAAACAGUUUGAAAGUUUACCUUGGGUAGAAAAAUAUAGACCAAAGAAUUUAGAUGAUUUAAUUGCACAUGAAGAUAUUACACAAACAAUUACAAAAUUAAUAGAUAAUAAUACAUUACCACAUUUACUAUUUUAUGGACCACCGGGUACAGGUAAAACAUCAACUAUUCAAGCAAUUGCAAGAAAAUUAUAUGGUGAUAAUUACUCUAGAAUGGUGUUAGAAUUAAAUGCAUCUGAUGAUCGUGGUAUUGAUGUUGUCAGAGAACAAAUUAAGACAUUUGCAAGUUCAAUGUUCUUUUUUAAUACAACAGUACCAUAUAAAUUAAUUAUUUUAGAUGAAGCAGAUUCAAUGACAAAUAUUGCACAAACAGCAUUAAGAAGAGUAAUUGAAAAGUAUACAAAAACAACUAGAUUUUGUAUAGUUUGUAAUUAUGUUAUUAAAAUUAUACCUGCUUUACAAUCAAGAUGUACAAGAUUUAGAUUUAGUCCAUUACCAACUCCACCAACUGAAAUUAGAUUAAAAGAAAUUAUUGAAAAGGAAAAUGUUAAAGUUGAUAGUAAAGCAAUGAAUGCAGUAUUAGAAUUAGGAUGUGGUGAUAUGAGAAAAUGUUUAAAUAUAUUACAAUCAGUAUCAAUGUCUUCAAUAGAUAACAACAUUACAGAAGAAGCAAUCUAUAAAUGUACAGGUUAUCCAAUGCCAUCUGAUAUUGAAUUGAUGGUUGAUUGGUUAUUAAAUAGUGAUUACGAAGAAGCUUUUCAAAAUAUUAGUGAUUUAAAAAAGAAAAAAGGUUUAUCAUUGAAUGAUAUCAUCGCAACACUUCAAAAAUUCGUCGUUCAAAUUGAUUUGGAUAAUGUUAUCCUUUGUAAAUUAUUAUCUCAUUUAUCAGAUAUCGAAUAUAAUCUAUCAAUUGGUUCCUCUGAGAAAUUACAAUUAGGUUCUUUAGUUGGUUGUUUUCAAUUGUCAAGGGAUGAUGAAUUAUUACAUAAUUAA